AUGGAAAAAGGCCUGAAUGCCUCGCUGUGCUUCUGCCAUAUCAGGGCUCUCCACGGCACUGAUGCCAUAAGCCUCCUCCUCUCUCUCGAUAAUAAGGAGCAGGAUUCCCUAAAACGAGAGGAGGCCAAGAACCAAAAGAUCAAGAACACCAUCAUGAACGGAGUACUGCAGAACACGGAGAACACCACCAAAGAAGCCGAGCCCGACUGCCUAGAGACCAAAGAACUGACCAGCUCGGGCACAAAACCGGGCAAGUCCAAAAUGAGGCGGCAGGAGGGCAUUUCCAGGUUUUACAUCAUCCAGGUGGUGUUCAGAAACGCUCUGGAAAUCGGCUUUCUGGUGGGCCAGUAUUUCUUGUACGGAUUCAACGUGCCCGCCGUGUACGAGUGUGAUCGAUACCCGUGCAUCAAAGAGGUGGAGUGUUACGUGUCCAGACCCACGGAGAAAACCGUGUUCCUCGUCUUCAUGUUCGCGGUCAGUGGCUUUUGCGUGGUCCUCAAUCUGGCCGAGCUCAAUCACUUGGGCUGGAGGAAGAUCAAAACGGCCGUGAGGGGCGUGCGGGCCCGCAGGAAGUCCAUCUACGAGAUCCGGAACAAGGAUUUGCCCCGGAUGAGUAUGCCCAAUUUCGGCCGCACUCAGUCCAGUGACUCCGCCUACGUGUAACGGGUGCGUAACGAGAACCCGAAGCCCGCGCGCCGUCGAGUUCGAGACCGCGGACGAGUCCCGUCGCCACGUAAGGUUCAUGAAUUGCAAGAACACGGGGUAGGACUUUUUUGUUACUGUUUUAAAGACUCCAUUGGCAACUGUGGACGACAAACACGUUUGUAAAGCAGUUCACUACUGUAUAAUGCAACUUUUUAUGCAACGUUUGUACUCUGAGACGUACACAAAGAGCAAAUGCUGAUAUCUGAAUGCGUAAUGCCUCUCUGUAAGCUGCGGUGACACUUGACAUGACACUGUCCUGUUGCACACAAUGCAUGCUAUAUGAUUCAUUACAGUAAACUACAAGCGGCUCCACGACAACUGCUGUGACAUGAGCACUGACAUGUGAAGUGUGACCGAACCAGCUGCUCUACUGUACUUGAAGGGAGUAAAUGCGUCUUGCACUAAAAAGUGAACGUGAUGCUGACAUAAUAUCGCACAUCGGGAGUCUCGACACACCAUUCAUGUAUCAAACACUAUCGCUUCUGCUAUGGUUUCUUUCUUUUUGGUUGCCUGUACCGCACCAUUGACCUUAACGUAGGCUGUGUGAUGAACUCCAUUGCGAAUCGUGUGUGUGUGUGUGUGUGUGAGCAGGGGUGAAUUUGCUGCAAACACUUAAAGUCUGUGAUGAUUUCCUUAAUUUCAACACCAAAGCGCCCUCUGCUUUCAUUUGUGACGUGUUUUUUCGCGCUUAAGUGUAAUCAGGUGCCAUACUUGUAUAUAAAUAUAUGCAUAUAUACAUAUAAAAUCUAUUCUGAAGAAUAUAACCAUAUCCAUAAAGCAGAUUUAUUGCUUGAAUUAUGCUUAAUGCGUCCAGACAUGCUGUUAGCUCUAUUUGUUGUAAAUGAACUGAAA